AUGGAUGAACGUGGUAGUGAUGACAUGAAUAGCAAUACGUUUUUAGCCGCACGCCAACGACUGAGGCAACAACAACAGGAAUUGCAGAACGACCGAUAUGAGCAGAAUCGCUUCACAAACAAAUUUUACGAUAACAAUGGAGUAGCGACUUGCACUUCAAAUAACAACAACAACUUUGAAUACAAUAACAACUUGCAACAGCAGCGCCACCAACAACUACAAAACAGACUCAUAAACGCAGCUGAACCACACAUGAUAAAUAGCGCAAAGGAAGCGGACACUAAGCAGAAAUCAGCAACAAUGGACAUGCGACGAGUAGGCGAAGUUGAAGCAGAUACAACGGCCGCAAAGAUGAAAUCUGAAUUGAGUGAAAUAUUUAGAGGUUUCCAGAAUGCACAGCAGAAUCAAAACGCCAAACUUUUUCAUCAAACGAAGCUUCUGCGACGCUCCGCGCCAACUAUACCGAAUGUGGACUCAGCACUUUCUACGGAUGAGGAGGAACUUGAUUUGGAUCUGCCUUAUGGCAUACAAAAUGUGCGCAAGCGCAUGGCGCGUCAUAAACCGGAUCUUACCAAAUCGAUCACUUACCAAUCGCUCUGUCCCACAAAACGCAUUGCAAUUCCGCUGGAAACAUCCGGUUAUGAGUAUCGCCCGAGCCACUAUAUCGAAGUGACCUGCGCACAUUAUACGCCGGCGCACAGCUACGAGUUCAGAAAGAAUCGGAUUUGUUCAGAGGCGGGCUUCUCUUGCAUCCAGCUGAAUCGCACCAUCCAUCUGAUACGACGCAAUAAGUCAUCCAAUGACGAAUGUUGGGAAUCGGAAAUACGUAUUGUUCCCUCGGGUUGUGAGUGUAUGUGGCCGAAGCAUGAUAAUGGCGAUAUUGCAGCCUAUCAUGAGGGACAGAAACGUUUUGGCGGUUACGCCAAUGUGCACGCAAAUGCCGAUUACGAACAGGGUGAAGGCUAUCGUCAAAUUCAACCGCAACAAAUAGAACUCUUUGGCAUAAAUGGAUUACGUCGCGGCGAGAAUUCCGAUGGCGUCGGUUUUGAAGCCUUCGAAUAUAAUUAGGGGAGCAUUUUGAGAUGGAAUUUUGAUUCUAAAAUUAACAUAAAAGAUUGUAAUAAUGAUGACGAUUUAUUUGAUUGAUGAAUAUGACAAGAAAUAUAUGAAAAAAAAAAUUUUUUUGGUUGAAACAUGGAUUGAAGUGGGAUUCUUAGAAUCAUCACCAUUAUCGCUAAAAACUCCACUCAUUCAAACAAAACAAGUUAUGAGUG